CCGGGCAUGCGUAGUGGCGCGAGCGCAGCAGCUAGGCGGGUGCGGCCAGGUAGCCGCAGAACCGACCUGCGAGUGCCUGGAUCAGGAGCGGGAGCUGCGGGCUGGAGGGCAGGAGAUUACCAGGCCUCCCUUUGAGAGAUCACAAAUGAGUCAAUUCGGAGCCAACUGUCCCUUCAUCCCAGAUAUAACGACCUGAAGGUAGUCUUUCCUACUCAGAGAUGGAGAACAGCACCACCACCAUUUCUCGGGAGGAGCUGGAAGAACUACAAGAAGCAUUUAAUAAAAUAGAUAUUGACAACAGUGGGUAUGUCAGUGACUAUGAACUCCAGGACCUGUUUAAGGAAGCAAGCCUCCCUCUGCCUGGCUACAAGGUUCGAGAAAUCGUGGAGAAAAUUCUAGCAGUUGCUGACAACAACAAAGAUGGCAAAAUCAGCUUCGAAGAGUUUGUGUCACUAAUGCAAGAGUUAAAAAGCAAAGACAUCAGCAAAACAUUCAGAAAAAUAAUUAACAAGAGAGAAGGGAUUACUGCUAUUGGAGGAACUUCAUCCAUUUCCAGUGAGGGCACACAGCAUUCUUAUUCAGAGGAAGAAAAAGUGGCUUUUGUUAACUGGAUAAACAAAGCCCUGGAGAAUGACGCUGACUGUAAGCAUCUCAUACCUAUGAAUCCCAAUGACGGCAGUCUUUUCAAAUCACUUGCCGAUGGCAUCCUUCUUUGUAAAAUGAUCAACUUAUCUGAACCAGAUACAAUUGAUGAAAGAGCCAUUAAUAAGAAGCUCACCCCUUUUACUAUUUCUGAAAAUUUAAACCUAGCCCUGAAUUCUGCCUCAGCCAUUGGUUGUACAGUGGUCAACAUUGGUGCACAGGAUCUCAAAGAAGGAAAACCUCACUUGGUCUUGGGACUUCUCUGGCAGAUCAUCAAAGUUGGUCUUUUUGCUGAUAUUGAGAUUUCCAGGAAUGAAGCCCUGAUUGCAUUGCUAAACGAAGGUGAGGAUCUAGAAGAGUUGAUGAAGCUUUCUCCAGAGGAAUUACUGCUGCGUUGGGUGAACUACCAUCUGACCAAUGCAGGAUGGCGUACCAUCAGCAACUUCAGCCAGGACAUUAAGGAUUCAAGAGCCUAUUUUCAUCUGCUUAAUCAGAUUGCACCUAAAGGUGACCGGGAUGAUGGACCUGCCAUUGCCAUUGACUUUUCAGGAUUUAAUGAGGGAAAUGACUUGAAGCGUGCUGAAUUCAUGCUUCGGGAAGCAGAUAAACUGGGCUGCAGACAGUUUGUUACUCCUGCAGAUGUGGUUUCAGGCAAUCCUAAACUUAAUUUAGCUUUUGUAGCUAACCUGUUUAACACAUACCCAAGCCUACAGAAGCCUGAUAAUGACAUCGAUAUGAAUUUAUUGGAAGGAGAAAGCAAGGAAGAGAGGACAUUUCGGAACUGGAUGAAUUCCUUGGGAGUCAACCCAUAUGUUAAUCAUUUGUACAGUGACCUUGCAGAUGCUUUAGUCAUCUUUCAGCUCUACGAAAUGAUCCGCGUGCCAGUCGAUUGGAGCCAUGUCAACAAACCUCCGUAUCCUGCUCUUGGAGGGAACAUGAAGAAGAUCGAAAACUGUAACUAUGCAGUGAAACUUGGGAAGAAUAAGGCCAAAUUCUCCUUGGUUGGCAUUGCUGGGCAGGACUUAAAUGAAGGGAAUUCCACACUUACUCUGGCACUGGUGUGGCAGCUGAUGAGAAGGUACACGUUGAAUGUGUUAUCGGAUCUUGGAGAGGGUGAAAAAGUAAAUGAUGCAAUUAUCAUUGAAUGGGUCAAUCAGACUCUUAAAAGUGCAAACAAAAAUACUUUUAUUUCCAGCUUCAAGGACAAAUCUAUUAGCACUAGUUUACCUGUCUUGGAUUUAAUAGAUGCCAUUGCACCAAAUGCAGUUCGUCAAGAAAUGAUCAAGAGAGACGACCUUUCUGAUGAGGACAAGCUGAACAAUGCUAAAUACGCCAUUUCAGUUGCUCGAAAGAUCGGUGCCCGGAUAUAUGCCUUACCUGAUGACCUCGUGGAAGUGAAACCCAAGAUGGUUAUGACAGUGUUUGCAUGCUUAAUGGGAAAAGGACUGAACAAAAUAAAAUAAUGAAACAUUUAUUAUGAUUUUCUGCCACAUUAAACACAUUGAAUGCCUCACAGUUUACAGAAUUCUGAAAUGUAGUGGGUAUUAAAACCAGAGAUUAUUUGUAUGCUCAAAACAGUUGUAUGCAUCAUUAAUGAAUUUAAUAUCCUGUUCAUACUAGCUAGGAUUUGUUGACAAUUAAUUUACCAGUCGAUACUGAUAAGAGUGUGUUCAUUUUCAAGAUGAUAUUUAUGAUUAAAUUAUUGUUUCCUGAAAGUCUCAUUAAAACAAGACUAAUUCAUUCUUUUUCAUGGUUCAGAAAUGAUCAAUGCAAAACUUUUUCUGCAGGUCCUGCUGUGAAAUGUGUUUUGAUUUUGUGUGUGUGUUGAUUUUGAUCAUAAAUGUAUUCAAAGUCAUAAUCCAGUUUAAUCCUUUUAUUUUUUUCCUCCAACUAUGUGAAGUGGUCCAAAACUUUAACUUUUCUGUAAAUUUCUAUACUGUCUAAAAUUUUUAAGUGACAAGUAUUGUUCAUUAACAUUAAACUUUUUUAUAUAUAAGGACUAACUCAUGAAUAAACUUCAAAGUACAU